UAUUUGUAGCUCAUUCAAGUCAUCAACCAUGGCAACUUCUACUGAACCUUUACUAAAUUCAACUAAAACAAAAACCUUUUCCUUCAAAUCACUCUAUAUUUUUAUAGCCGUAGCUGCUGCUGUUUGCUCCAUUGCAAUAAUUUCUAUUGCAUUGUUCAAUGGCAGCAUUGAUAACUCUUUUCUUUCCACCAAAUCCCCCAUAGGGUCUGAAGUAGCAACACAAACUUCUGCCAAAACCAACAACGUUGAAAUGUUACAAAUGAUUUUGCAACAAGUAACGCAGACGGAUUUAUAGCACAAAAUAUGCGUAUCCGAAACACAGCAGGACCAAAGGGGCACCAAGCCGUGGCACUUCGUGUCACUGGGGACAAAUCUGUCAUCAACAAGUGCAAAAUAGAUGCCUAUCAAGACACACUCUACGCCCACAACCAACGUCAGUUCUACAAGGACUGCUACAUUACUGGAACUGUCGAUUUCAUCUUUGGUAAUGCAGCAGUGGUGCUUCAAAAGUGCAACAUAGUGGCUAGGAAGCCAUCGAGCGGACAACAAAACAUGGUAACAGCGCAAGGCAAGACGGAUAAGAACCAAAACACCGGAACUUCAAUACAAAGUUGUAAAAUAACCCCAAGCUCAGACUUAAAACCUGUUAUCAAAAGUUUUAAGACAUUCUUGGGACGUCCAUGGAAGAAAUUCUCAACAACGGUUUACAUGGAGUCUUACAUUGAUAACCAUAUAGAUCCAGCAGGGUGGGCCCCUUGGGAUGGUUCAUUGUACUUGGAUACAUUGUACUAUGGUGAGUACAAGAACAAUGGGCCAGGUUCUGAUACUAGCAAAAGGGUAAACUGGAAGGGUUAUCAUGUUAUUACUAAAGCUUCUGAGGCCAUAAAAUUUACUGUGUCUCGACUGCUUGGAGGAGGGUCCUGGAUUAAAGAUGCUGGAGUGUCCUUCAUAUCUGGGCUUUCAACCUAGUGUAUAUUAUUGGUAUCUUAAUUUUACCGAGCACGAGUCCGUUUGAAUUAGCUAAUAAAAAAUAGGUGAAAAGAUUAUCUAUGGAACACUCUUAGGUGUUGAAGCUAAUUUUAUAAAUAAAUAGUGUUUGGAUGGAAA